AUGACCGAUACCCAAGGUUUGCCUGGUGGGUGGACUAGCAUGGUCCCUUCGUACUCGUAUAACCCGGAAGAUGACCCCGGGACGUUCAGCAUAGCAGCAUCUUUUCAACCGGCGAGACCUGCAGCCAACUCAAUGCUUGGCACAAGUGCUCCCCCACAGCACCAAGAUCCCACGGCUCGAUCCUCCGAGCUCACGGCCACGCCAACGUACCUGAACCCCUGGAUGCAAUGGCAUACGGCCCCCCUCGGCACGGCGCUCUCUCCCGGCGCGGUGCCCUACCUUGUUGACCCAUGGGGGACCCAUACGCAUCCUUCGCUGCACACACUCGCCAGCGGCCCCAGCGGCCAAAGCAUCAACACCAUUCCGGCUGUCGUUGAAACCAGACGAAGAGUACGCGAUCAAAUCUCUUUUCCUACUCAAACCGGGGCCAGCGGCAGUGGUAGCAGCAACAUCUUCAAAGAAGCCAUGCCUGAGCCACCCACCUCUCGCAUUCUCACCAGUAGCGGGGCGCCGGUCCAGGUAUUUUUGUGCAUUUUCCGUCGUCUUCUGAUAAAAGAGACUAAUGAGACCCGGUCCAAGCUGACUGGAUUCCUUUUUCUGAUGAGAUUAGCAGCCAAGGCAGUAACGUAA